AUAUAAUACCACUUUCUCAGUGCCUUGAAAUUGGUUUUUCUGUGUGAGAUACUGAAAACGAAGUAAAAACUGUGCGAUGUCUGGACGAGGAAAGGGUGGCAAAGGACUUGGCAAAGGAGGCGCUAAGCGCCACCGUAAAGUCCUUCGCGACAACAUCCAGGGUAUUACCAAGCCCGCUAUCCGCCGUUUGGCUCGCCGUGGCGGCGUCAAGCGUAUUUCGGGUCUAAUUUACGAGGAGACUCGUGGCGUGCUGAAGGUGUUCCUGGAGAACGUCAUCCGCGAUGCUGUGACCUACACCGAGCACGCCAAGAGGAAGACUGUGACCGCAAUGGACGUGGUGUAUGCGCUGAAGCGUCAGGGUCGCACCCUGUACGGAUUCGGCGGCUAAACGUGCCUGCUUUCUCAAAUUAAAUCCAAAGGCUCUUUUAAGAGCCGCCCAAUUCAUCUCUAAAGAGCCUUUUGUCCCGUUGUCUGUCAUAAAUGAAAUGCAACGAUUGACUGAUAUUUUACAAAUAAACCCGAUAACUUUUUAGAUGAAUCGCU